GAGGCGGAGCGAGUCCAAAAUGGCGACUCUCAGGCUGGCGCGCUCCGUGUUGCUGGGGCUUUGAGGUGGUCGCCAGGGGUCGGGGGGGACGAUUUCCCCGCCACGGGGGCCCUGGAAGAUGAAUCGGGGGCUCUGCUAAGGUUAGGCGGUGGGGGUGGAGAGAAGUGGCAGCAAGGACUGCAGUGGAGUCAACGGAGCGGGAUGUGCGAGAGUUACUCCAGGUCGUUGUUGAGGGUCUCGGUGGCGCAGAUCUGCCAGGCGCUGGGCUGGGACUCUGUGCAACUCAGCGCCUGCCACCUUCUCACGGACGUGCUGCAACGCUAUCUGCAGCAAUUGGGACGGGGCUGCCAUCGGUACUCUGAGCUCUAUGGCCGAACAGAUCCUAUUUUGGAUGAUGUUAGUGAAGCUUUCCAGCUGAUGGGAGUUAAUCUUCAUGAAUUAGAAGACUAUAUUCACAAUAUAGAACCUGUUACUUUUCCACAUCAAAUUCCUUCAUUUCCUGUUAGCAAAAACAAUGUACUUCAGUUUCCUCAACCUGGAAGUAAAGAUGCAGAAGAAAGGAAAGAAUACAUUCCUGACUACAUGCCACCCAUUGUGUCUUCUCAAGAAGAAGAAGAGGAAGAGCAGGUGCCCACUGAUGGAGGCACAUCAGCCGAAGCCAUGCAGGUUCCCUUGGAAGAAGACGAGGAAUUGGAAGAAGAGGAAAUUAUUAAUGAUGAGAAUUUCUUGGGUAAGAGACCAUUGGAUAGUCCUGAAGCUGAAGAAAUGCCUUCUAUGAAGAGACCACGGCUGUUGAACACUAAAGGGGACACCCUAGAUGUAGUAUUACUGGAAGCCCGAGAGCCACUCAGCUCAAUAAAUACUCAAAAGAUUCCACCAAUGCUUUCUCCAGUCCACGUACAGGACAAUACAGACAUUGCACCUCCGUCUCCAGAGCCACCAAUGUUGGCUCCAGUUGCAAAAUCACAAAUACAAACUGCAAAACCAUUAGAAACAAAGCCCUUUACACCGAAAACAAAAACAAAAACUACUUCUCCGGGACAGAAGACUAAAUCACCUAAAACUAGUCAAUCACCAGCAAUGGUCGGAAGUCCUAUUCGGUCACCUAAAACGAUAUCCAAAGAAAAGAAAUCACCUGGACGUUCUAAGAGCCCCAAAAGCCCCAAGAGUCCCAAGGUUUUGACUCACAUUCCCCAACCACCUAUCAGACCUGAAACACCAAACAGGACUCCUUCAGCUACAAUAAGUGAAAAAAUCAACAAAGAGAUUGUACAGGUAAAACAAAUACAGACACCCCCUGAUGUGGGGAAAUUGAACAAUGAAAGUCAGCCAAAAAAGGCUGUUGUAACAGAUAAAACAAUUGAUGACUCUAUUGAUGCCGUGAUUGCACGGGCUUGUGCUGAGCGAGAGCCAGAUCCUUUUGAGUUUUCUUCUGGAUCAGAAUCUGAAGGAGACAUUUUUACCAGCCCUAAGAGAAUUUCAGGUUCAGAGUGUACUACUCCAAAAGCUUCCACUUCCUCAAACAACUUCACUAAAUCAGGAUCCACUCCUCUGCCUCUUUCAGGUGGAACUUCAAGUUCUGAUAAUUCAUGGACAAUGGAUGCCUCAAUUGAUGAGGUGGUACGAAAAGCAAAAAUGGGGACACCUUCCAAUAUCCCUCCCAACUUUGCAUAUCUCUCCUCUCCCUCGGUCUCUCCUCCUACCCCCGAACCUCUUCAUAAGGUGUAUGAGGAGAAAGCCAAACUGCCUUCAUCAAUAGACAUAAAGAAGAAGUUGAAAAAAGAACUGAAAACUAAAAUGAAAAAGAAAGAAAAGCAGAGAGAUAAGGAGAGGGAAAAAGACAAAAGCAAGGAAAAAAGUAAAGAGAAGGAUAAAGUUAAAGACAAGGAAGCCAGCAAGGAAACUAAGUAUCCAUGGAAGGAAUUUCUUAAAGAUGAAGAUUCAGAUCCAUUUAAAGGUAAAAUAAAAGAGUUUGAAGAUAUGGAUCCAAAAGUGAGAUUGAAAGAUGGACUUGUGAGGAAAGAGAAGCAUAAAGAUAAGAAGAAAGAUCGAGAAAAAGGCAAAAAGGAUAAAGAUAAGAGAGAAAAAGAAAAGGCUAAGGAUAAAAGUAGAGAAGAUAAGAUGAAAGCCCCACCAACGCCUUUAGUGUUGCCUCCAAAAGAAAUGGCUUUGCCCUUGUUCAGCCCUCCUGCUGCAGUGAGGAUCCCAUCAGUGUUAGCGUCUUUGUCACCAAUGCUUCCUGAAAAAUUAUUUGAUGAAAAAGAAAAGCCCAAGGAGAAAGAACGGAAGAAAGAUAAGAAGGAGAAAAAGAAAAAGAAGGAGAAAGAGAAAGAAAAGGAGAAGAAAGAGAAGGAAAGGGAAAAAGAGAAAAAAGAGCGAGAGAAGAGAGAAAAAGAAAAGGAGAAACACAAGCAUGAAAAAAUAAAAGUGGAGCCUGUUGUUCCAGCUUCAAGUCCAGUUAUCCCCAGGUUAACUCUCAGAGUUGGUGCUGGCCAAGACAAGAUUGUUAUCAGCAAAGUGGUCCCCGCCCCCGAGGCUAAGCCGGCCCCUUCUCUGAACAGACCGAAAACCCCACCCCCCGCGCCAGCCCCCGCACCCCUGCCGCUGCACGUGACCCCUCCCCUGGUGCCUUUGUCCAUCCUCACACAGGCCACUGCUUCACCUGCUUUAAUUCCAUCUCCAUCACCGGCCAUCUCCGGAGCAGGGAGUUCCAAAGCCCCCGUACGAAGUGUGGUAACCGAGACGGUCAGCACUUAUGUGAUAAGAGAUGAGUGGGGUAAUCAGAUCUGGAUCUGUCCGGGGUGUAACAAGCCUGAUGAUGGAAGUCCAAUGAUUGGCUGUGAUGACUGUGACGACUGGUACCAUUGGCCCUGUGUUGGAAUAAUGGCUGCACCACCAGAAGAAAUGCAAUGGUUCUGCCCCAAGUGUGCCAACAAGAAGAAAGAUAAAAAGCACAAAAAGAGGAAGCACCGAGCACACUGA